CAAUCCGUGACUUGACGGUCGAACAUGUCUUCUUGCAACCUCAUGAGAGCAGUUUCCGAUGGGAAAUUUCGACUUGGUCGAAUCCUCGCUGAAGGAGGCGCCAAUGUUAAUGAACGAAACGAGGAACAAAUGACAGUUCUUAUGGCUGCAUGUGGAAUUGAGACGGACAAAUGCCACAGGCACCAAAAACUCAAACUCAUCCAGACUUUGCUUGAAAAUGGGGCCAAUCCACAGGACCUGGACAGAAGCGAUAAAUCGUGUCUCGAGUAUACACGGUCUCAGAGCAUUGAUGUCAGGAACAUGGUGAUCCGAUACUUGAAAAAAUGACUUGGCAAUUUGUGUAAGAGGACAUUGCGAUAUU